CAGCCGCUUCGCCCCGGCUGCCGGCGCCUGGCGGCGGGCUGAGGGCGCACAGAGGGCGGGCGGCGACCGCGGCGGCCGGAGCCCGGCGCUCCUUCCUUCCGCGCCCACAGCGCGGGGCCGGGGCCGGGGCCGGGCGGCGGCGGGGCGCGCCCCCUGCGCGGGGCGGCGGCGGUGGGCGGCCGGGCGCCCCCGCCCCGCUCUGGAUGCUCAUCGCGGCUGCUCGGGCCGGGGGGGUGGCUGCGGCUCCCCGGCGGGGGGCGCGGGCCAGGAUGCCGGUGCUGGAGCGCUUCUUCCCCGCGGCAGAGCCGGGCAGGCGGAGGAGGACGGGGGAAGAGCCGAUGCCCUUUCCCAUGGGCAGCCUGCCCGGUUAUCAGCAGGGGACCCUGGCCUGGGACUUGCCCGAGAUGAUCAAGAUGGUAAAGCUCGUUUGGAAAUCCAAAGGGGAGCUCCGCGGGGCGAAGCACAGAGGGGUUUUGGAAAGCGAGGAUGCCCUGGGCGGUUCGGCAGGAGAUGCACGGGUGAGAGGUCAGACAGGGGUUCUCUCCGAGCGCCGUGGCUCCUACCCGUUUAUAGACUUCCGUCUUCUUAACAAUACUGCACUCUCAGGGGAAAUCGGCACCAAGAAAAAAGUGAAAAGACUGUUAAGUUUCCAGAGGUAUUUCCAUGCGUCCCGGUUACUGCGUGGAAUUGUACCACAAGCCUCUCUGUACCUACUGGAUGAGGACUACCUUGGGCAAGCAAGGCAUAUGCUAUCCAAAGUGGGAAUGUGGGAUUUUGACAUUUUCUUGUUUGACCGCUUGACAAAUGGAAACAGUCUCGUAACACUGCUUUGUCACCUCUUCAAUGUGCAUGGACUUAUUCACCAUUUCCAGUUAGAUAUGGUUACAUUGCACAGGUUUUUAGUUAUGGUCCAAGAAGAUUACCAUAGCCAAAACCCAUACCACAAUGCUGUCCAUGCUGCUGAUGUCACACAAGCUAUGCACUGCUAUCUGAGGGAGCCCAAGCUUGCCAACUUCCUCACCCCAUCGGACAUCAUGCUCGGACUGCUAGCUGCUGCAGCUCAUGACGUGGAUCAUCCAGGGGUCAACCAACCCUUUCUGAUCAAAACUAAACACCACCUUGCCAGCCUGUACCAGAACGUUUCAGUGCUAGAAAAUCAUCACUGGCGAUCUACGAUAGGCAUGCUUCGAGAGUCACGGCUCCUUGCCCAUCUGCCCAAGGAGGUGACACAGGACAUCGAGCAGCAGUUGGGCUCCCUGAUCUUGGCAACAGACAUCAACAGGCAGAAUGAGUUUUUGAUCCGUCUGAAAUCUCACCUUGACAAUCAGGAUUUGAGGCUGGAGGAUGCACAAGACAGACAUUUUAUGCUUCAGAUUGCACUCAAGUGCGCUGACAUUUGCAACCCAUGCCGGCUCUGGGAUCUGAGCAAACAGUGGAGCGAACGGGUCUGCGAAGAGUUUUACCGGCAAGGUGACCUGGAACAAAAAUUUGAACUGGAAGUAAGCCCCCUUUGUAAUCAGCAGAAGGAUACAAUACCAAGCAUACAGAUCGGGUUCAUGACGUACAUCGUAGAGCCACUCUUUGAGAGGUGGGCCCAGUUUACAGGCGAUACCCCCCUAUCUGAAAAUAUGCUAAACCAUCUCAGGAGGAACAAGGCCAAGUGGAGGAGCUUGCUCCACAAGCAACACAGCAGUAGUAGGAGCAAUGACCACUCAGGUCAAGUGACUGGCAGCCAAGAACAGACUUUAAAUAAGGAAGAGACUCCUUAGUGGCAGCUUUGCACUUUUCCUUAUAGCACUGCUAUCUCUGUCUUGAUCACAGCAGCAAACAAAAUCCCGGGGAGGUAGGAGCCUGUUGUCAAGAUCCUGGAAAGGGAAGAAACGGCAAAGCAGAAGCUGUAAGGGUCUUCACGAACAAGCCCACGGUUCUGCUGGGUUCCUUUCUGGAUCUCCCUCACGUUUUUCUCCCCUCUCUUCAUUCUGCACAUGCCUGAUGCCAUUCGUCACUUCUGAUCAUGAACUGCCUGAAUGCGGAAUCCCAGUCAGCAGUACUGAAGCCAGGCCAGUUACGGCUGCCGCAAUGCAGGGAGGGUUGCUGAGAGAACGGGGGAGAUGAUAGAUAGACAGAUAGAGGCACUCUAGGUUAUAUAUUCAUUUACCACGAGUCAUACUGUGACAUAUGUAUAUAGGCCCAGAGCGCCAUAUGCUUUCCAGGCUGGCAGCUGGGCUGCACAUUAAACCACCAGCAUCUUCAGCAUCUAGAGGACACUGGCUGAGUGAGACAGUGCUCACAGAGGGCAGAGAGAGUCUGGUUAUUUUAGUAAUUAAAACAAAAACCUUUUUAACUUUUGUAUUCUGUGCACUAAACAACAGAUCUAUAAACCUUGGACUGAAGUUACUCUCCGUAUACACAACUCCAGUGUAACAAGGCUCAUUUUGGUAAUCAUUUUUAUGCCACUUUGGAUAAAAGACAGGCAUCUUCUUAUUGCAAGGAACAGUAUUCCCUCGCAACCAAAAGGGAAGGUGUUGUACAGUCUAAACCUUUGAAACACAAACAGAUCUAUCUUUUGAGUACUGUUUCAAGUAACAUGUUUAUAUUCAUAUGUGUACAUUUUCUGUAAAUACAAAGCGCUACUGAUUCCCAUGCCAAAAUACUGGAGUACUGUGGGAUUGCUACCUGUAAAAACAUUGGCACUGUGAACAGAAUACUGUUAGUUUUAAUACAAGAGAAAGCAUUUGUAAAUACGGUAUAGAGUUUAUUAAUAGAUACCAUUGUUUGUGGAUAAAAGCCUUAACUUUUAGCAUCCUUCAUCUUCUGACAGCUGCCAAAAUCAUAUGAUCACAAGAUAUGAUUCUGAACUGCCUUUCCACUAUCCAAGGUCUAUCAAAGGUCAUUAAGGAAUGAAGUCUGGCAGGAUAACUUCUUGAAAACUUCAAACACAUUCCAUAUGGGUCCGUGUUGUUAAUCCAUGGCACCUUGCACAUUUGGUCUAGGGGAAAUGCUUCACAGAGCCUGAAGUUUUAAGUCCAAAAAAACCCAAAACCCACAGCAACACCACAUAAUUUGACAGUUCAACCUGAUUAUCAUUUAUUCAAGAGUGUGAAUUUUUAUUAAAUAGCUUAGUGAUCUACAAAGCACGACAUUGUAAUAGUUCUGGAGUCCAGUUGUUUUCUCGAGUGAUGUUGCAGUGUAGCAGACUUUUUCCCCACAUUCCCUUCUUAGAUAGCCAGCAUCAAAAUGCAUUUGUGUUUUUCUUUUCAUUAAAAAAAUAUUUCAACUGACUUUUAGAUCAGUCUCACUCAAUGAAGGAAAAAAAAAAAAAGUGUUGCAGUCAGACUAUUAAGAAAAAUCCUCUUAACUAUCAUAGUAGCCGAGGAAUUUUCUGUGGUCUCAUGUUUGUGAAAGAUACAUGGCCUUAUCUACGCUAUAAACAACCUCAGUUCAGAUAGAUAGUCUUUAUAAAACUUCACUUAAGUUUCCAUCAUUUCAGUGAGAUUGUAUUCUCGGACUCUACUGCAUUGCACCAAAGUGAUUGUCCCCUUCUCUGCCCCCAGAAAAAUUAACUGCAUUCAGAUAAAGAAUAGUGUUGUUGUAAACCCCCAGUACAUCAAAUCUGUAUAGCUGUUUUCCAAAAGAACUAGCAGAUAUGGCCAUAUAAUCAUGUUUGGAUAUGAAUACCUUGGAGAGGCCAACAAAGAAAGAACUAUUUAAGUUGGCACUUGAGAAAGGUAAUACUCAUAGAAGUGCAAGGGGAGAUAUAAUAGAAUUUUUCUCAAUUACAGGGAAUAUUGACUUGAUUAGACAAAGUGUUCAUGCUCAUGAGGUCACUAAUAUGUUUAAAGGAAAAUAAAAAGCGUAAGUUUUAGUAAA